GUAAAUCUCUCGGGGUUCUAGGUGGGAAUUCUUAGAACUUUUGUGGUGUGUGUUGACCAGAAGCGACACAGAGGUUUUAGUCACUUCUUAAAAGGGGAUAGCUUCUCCGCUCCCUAUGUGGCGCAGGGUGAGCCUUGAGGUUUCUGGUAAGAGGCCAUCUGAGAAAGCCGGUCUAUGCUGUGCCUAAGUGGCGUCCGCAAUUGUGAGAUGAGCAAAAUGCUUUAAUGGAUUAUUAUCAUGGCGCUGCGGGCUGUGUGGCUCAUAAGUCACGAACCAGGAACUCCAUGUUGUGGCACCGUGAGAUUCUCCAGACGGUAUCCAACUGUUGAAAAACGAGCCAAAGUAUUCAAUGGAACAAAUUAUGUGCCUAUUCCUGAAGAUGAUCCCUUUCUUAAAGCACUACUCUUUGAACUUAGAUUAUUGGAUAAUGAUAAGAACUUUGUGGCAAGUCGUGAUAGCUGUUCACGCAUCAAUAAAACAUCCAUCUAUGAACUCCCAGUAGGAGGUGAAGAACUGUGGCCAGUUGUUGCUUUUCUGAAGAGUGGCAUGAUAUAUGCUUGUGUUCCACUAGUGGAACAAACUGUAUCCCCUCAUCCACCAUUAAUUAGCAUUAGUGGAAUUUCACAAGGCUUUGAACUUCUUUUUGGCAUACAGGAUUUUCUUUACUCAUGUCAAAAACAUAACACUGAGCUAAAUACAAAAUUGAGCCAAUUGCCUGACUUGCUUCUACAGGCUUGUCCAUUUGGUACUGUAUUAGAUGCCAACUUACAAAAUUCGUUGGAUAAUAUCAAUUUUUUGCCUGUGACUCAGCCACAAAAACAGCCAGCCUGGAAAACUGGAACAUAUAAAGGAAAACCACAAGUUUCUAUUUCUAUCACUGAAAAAGUAAAAUCCAUGCAAUAUGAUAAACAGAAUAUAGCAGAUACAUGGCAAGUUGUUGGAACAGUCACUUGCAAGUGUGAUUUGGAGGGAAUCAUGCCAAAUGUGACAAUCAGCUUGAGUCUCCCCACCAAUGGAUCUCCACUUCAGGAUAUUCUAGUUCAUCCUUGUGUGACUUCUCUUGACUCUGCCAUUCUGACUUCUAGUAGCGUUGAUGCAAUGGAUGACUCUGCAUUUAGUGGGCCUUACAAAUUUCCAUUCUCUCCACCUUUAGAGUCAUUCAACUUAUGCUACUACACUUCUCAGGUCCCCGUCCCACCAAUUUUGGGUUUUUAUCAAGUGAAAGAGGAAGAAGUACAACUAAGAAUAACAGUCAAUUUAAAACUUCAUGAAAGUGUAAAAAAUAAUUUUGAAUUCUGUGAAGCUCAUAUACCUUUUUACAAUAGAGGUCCAAUUACACAUGUGGAAUACAAAGUUAGUUUUGGCCAGCUUGAAGUAUUUCGAGAAAAAAGCUUAUUGAUCUGGACUAUUGGCCAGAAGUUUCCGAAAUCAUUGGAAAUUAGUCUUUCUGGAACUGUAACUUUUGGCACCAAGAGCCAUGAGAAGCAGCCAUUUGACCCAACUUGUGUUGGAGGGACAGCAUAUUUAAAGCUCCAUUUUAGGAUCUUAGAUUACACACUCACUGGGUGUUAUGCAGAUCAGCAUUCUGUUCAAGUUUUUGCAUCAGGAAAACCAAAGAUAAGUGCACACCGGAAACUAAUUUCUUCUGAUUAUUACAUCUGGAAUUCUAAAGCCCCUGCUCCAGUAACAUAUGGAUCAUUAUUACUAUAACACUAAAGCCUCGUUGAUCCAGUUCAUCUCUCCCCUAAUUACGUUGGUGUGAACAUAUCUCUGCAGAUCUUUCAUCUUUCUCAGCCCUCCCUUUUACUCAUGGUGGCAUCUGGUUGACAUGGUCUCUCUCUCGGGCAAGGCUGCCAACAAUGCUUUGUACUCAUCUGUGAAAGAAACUCUUCACCCUGACUCCAUUUCUUCAAGCAAGUGACUACUUAAAUUUCAUAGGCAAGAGAUUAUUCUUGCUUUUAAUGACUUUGGGCAUUUUGAGGCAUCUGGUAAUAAGAAGCAAAUCAGCUGGGCUGGGAUAAAACAGGCAAUGUUUUUCCUUCACUAGUUCAUUUGGAAAAGUCGCUUUGCUAAUUGAGAAAAAAUUUAAUGAAUUUUACUUGUAUUAAAAUAAAGGUGUUUGCUUCAUGGCACAAUGUACUCAUUUGAGAAAGUCAUUACAUUUAUGUAUUGUGUUGUCAUGUAAAUACUUUUGCCAAAAUGUAUUAACAAGCAAUAUAAUAUUAUGGUUCAUGGUUCAUGUAGUAUAUGAAAAAGAAUAAUUGUAUAACUAAUCAGUGAAAACAAAGCAAAUGUUCCUCUUGGGUUUGUACAAUAAAAAUGGAAUUAAAAUUA